AUGUUAACAGUAGCUGCUUUGUUGUGUUUCAUCUUAGGUGCUAAUGGAGCAUCAGUUCCACCCUUCUUAACGCUGUGUAAGCGUGGUGACGAUGCUUGCAUUCUGUCCUCCGCCAAGACCUCUCUUCCAAUAUUUGCGAAGGGUAUACCUGAACUGGGAGUUAAGAGUCUAGACCCCAUGUACAUACCGCUGAUAGUGAGUGAUGAGAGUGGACUCAAGCUGAAGUUCAAGAACUCGACCCUCACUGGCUUGUCGGGAUGUGUUGUGGAUAAUUUCAAAUUUGAUCCUCUUAACAAGAAACAACAAAUGAAAAUGACUUGUGACGUGACUUUGACUGGAGACUACGAGGUUAAAGGACAAGUGCUGAUACUACCAGUGGAGGGAAAUGGGAAAUAUAAAAUAGAUAUACGUGGCAUCACAGUCAAAUCUCCCUUCAAUUUGUCUCAUAUUGAAAAGUCUGGCGUCUCUCACUGGAAAAUCGACGAGGAUUGGUCUAAGACCUUCAAAUUCAAAGUUCACCACGGAACUACCUUCCACUUUGACAACCUAUUUAACGGGAACAAAGUACUUGCUGAACCGGUCUUGGAAAUGUUGAACACAAAUUGGCAGGUCAUUAUGGAAGAAAUCUCUCCUCCAAUAGUCAAAGCUAUCAUUGGAUACGAAGUUGAAGCUGUGAACAGCUUGUUUAGUGCUGUGCCAGCUGAUGAGUUCUUCAUUCAGUAG